CACUACUAUACUAUUUUUUUAGUAUUCUGGAAAAUACUUCUGGGACCACAGCAUUGUUCCUCUUUUACCAUCUGACUAAGGUUGAGCAGAAGCUAGAAAAAAAAGGAGCUGUCAUCAUGGCGCUAAUGAUACUGCCAUUCAUUGGAUCAGUGUCCAUAUCUGAGAGUUUGGUGGCCAUGGCAACAGUGUGUCUGGUCUACCUGAUCCUCAAGUUUUUCCACACUGAGAUUCCUGAGGGGCUUCGUCAGCUGCCAGGACCAAAGCCCCUGCCUAUCAUUGGAAAUGUGCUGGAGAUGGGCAGCAAACCUUACCUGAGUCUCUCUGCCAUGAGCAAGAGCUACGGCCACGUCUUCCAGAUCCAGAUUGGCAUGCGUCCUGUGGUCGUGCUGAGUGGCAUUGAAACAGUUCGACAGGCUCUCAUCAAGCAAGGGGACGAGUUUGCGGGCAGACCUGACCUGUACUCCUUCAGAUUCAUCAACAAUGGCGAGAGUCUGGCCUUCAGUUCUGAACAUGCUGGUGUCUGGCGUGCCCGCAGGAAGCUGGCCUACAGUGCUCUGCGCUCCUUCUCCAACCUGGAGGGCACGACCCCGGAGUACUCCUGCGUUCUGGAGGAACACGUCAGCAAAGAGGGAGCAUAUCUGAUCAAACAGCUCAACACUGUUAUGAAGGCUGAAGGCAGUUUCGACCCAUUCCGCUACAUCGUUGUCUCUGUUGCUAAUGUGAUCUGUGCCAUGUGCUUUGGCCGGCGGUAUGACCACAAUGACCAGGAGCUGCUCAGCCUCGUGAACCUCAGUGAUGAGUUUGGCCAGGUGGUGGGCAGUGGUAACCCUGCAGACUUCAUCCCUGCUCUUCAAUUCCUGCCCAGCCCAACAAUGAAGAAAUUUAUUGGCAUCAAUAAUCGCUUCAACGUUUUUGUGAAAAAGAUUGUCAGCGAGCACUAUACCACCUUUGACAAGGACAACAUUCGUGACAUCACCGACUCCCUCAUUGACCACUGUGAGGACAGGAAGCUGGAUGAGAACUCCAAUGUCCAGGUGUCAGAUGACAAGAUUGUAGGAAUUGUCAAUGACCUGUUUGGAGCUGGUUUUGACACUGUCUCCACUGCCCUGUCUUGGUCAGUGAUGUACUUGGUUGCUUACCCAGAGAUACAGGAAAGGCUUUAUCAAGAUCUGAAGGACAAAGUGGGUGUGGAUCGCAGUCCUCGUCUCUCUGAUAGACCCAACUUGCCAUUUCUUGAGGCUUUCAUCCUGGAGAUGCUUCGCCAUUCUUCAUUCCUGCCCUUCACUAUCCCACACUGCACGACAAAAGACACGUCUCUGAAUGGCUACUUCAUCCCCAAAGACACCUGUGUCUUCAUCAAUCAGUGGCAGAUCAACCAUGAUCCGGAGUUGUGGAAAGAUCCGUCUUCAUUCAACCCAGACCGCUUCCUGAGUGCUGAUGGCACUGAACUCAACAAGUUGGAGGGGGAGAAGGUUAUGACUUUUGGCUUGGGAAAGCGGCGCUGCAUCGGCGAGGUCAUUGCACGAAAUGAAGUCUACCUCUUUUUGGCAAUCAUGGUCCAGAAGCUGCACUUCAGCACAAUUCCUGGAGAGCCGCUGGACAUGACCCCAGAAUACGGUCUCACAAUGAAGCACAAACGCUGCCACCUGAGAGCCACAAUGCGAGCGAGGGAUGAGCAGUGAAUGUAUGAAUGUGCUAUUUUGAAUGUACAAAGUUUGACUCAGUAGGUGGUAUAAGUUAACUCAUAACACCGUAUGGGUCACAGUCAGGUUAAUGAUCAGUGAAAGAAGCGUCUCUCUCAGAAUGUAAGGCACUGGAUGCCGAAAAGGAUCCACAGAGCUACUGGCAUUGAAGCAAAUAUGUGAAUUUUGCUUACUGCAGAUUGUCAGAGAUGUCUUGGUUCAUAUGAACUUAUCUCAUUUUUUUUGGUAUAUUCCUUUGAGAUAUUCCUGCACAUGACUAGUGCUACUCAGUGAAGUACAAGGAUAUACUUGGUUCUCCUGUGUUGUGUAGUAAACUAAACUGCUUCCAUUCAGAAGUUGUAAAACACUCAGAGACUAUGUUUUGUUUGCUUUGUUCAACUCUGGGACAAACAGUAUGCUUUACUGGAUAGGCAUUACAAUUUAGACCACUGCAAACUACAUUUUUCUCUUCUGUGACACAGGACUUUGAACUGAACAGAUAUUAGGCUAGCUUUUGAUACCAUGGACACUUGUAAGCUAAUUAUUUGUAUUCCAU